AUGACCUCCACCACCACCACAGCAACUUCCACCACCUACACGACCACUCCCAAACCUAGACUCGGACUCUCGAAACCAGCACGCACCGGCCGAGGCCUCAGCGGCAUAGCUACAGCAUCAACCCCGAAUCUCAACCAGCUCUACUCGUCCCAGGCCCCGUCUCUGUCAUCAUCGCGCCUUGUCCCGCCGGCGCUGUCGCGCAAGGCUUCCUACGCCGCCCUCACGCAAAACUCUCUGGCCACCAUCCCCGAUGAUACCGAAGCCUACGCUCUUCACUCCGUCCUAAACACCACCGACAACGACGCUAUGCCUCUUUCUAUCAACCCCGGCACCAUGAGCACCGGCGAUGAGAUCACUAUUGGUGACAUGGUCGAGGUUCCCGGCAACAUGACCGGUACUGUUCGCUUCAUCGGUUCAGUCGAUGGGCGCAAGGGUAUCUUUGCCGGAGUCGAACUUCACCGCGAGUUUGCCUCUCGCGGAAAGAACAGCGGUGAUGUCGAUGGUGUCUCCUACUUCAACACCAGCCUGCCUGGGGCUGGUAUUUUCCUCCCCCUAUCCAAGGCCGUCAAGCGGGAUGCCGGCAGCGGCUCCCUCCCUCGCACGCCCACCGAUCUUGUCCCACCCGGACCCGCGUUGAAGCUCGGAGGCCGUGCGCCGGCUACCCCCUCUAUACGAAAAUUCAGCCAAUCUGUCGGGCCCGGUGCUGUUCGUCCGGAGUCGCCCAUGAGGCGACUGCAAAUGACUCCCGGAUCGCGCACUUCGCUUGCCACACCAGGCCCUCCAGGACGAUUCCCCAGUCCACAGCCUAACAAGUUUUCUCAGAGCGUUCGCGGAGUGCCUGGAGACACGGGCAAGCGACUGCCCUCACAUACGAGGAAAGGUAGUGUCGGACCUCGUAGUAUAUCCUCCCUUGGCAAUGCUCACCAGCCAAACUUUGACGAUGAAGAUGCUGCUUCUGUCAGCGGACACAACAACGGAGGUGUCACUGCCGGGUCUAUCCCAGGAAUGAGGUUUCGCGCCCCCUCGCGGGCAGCCUCGCGCCUUGGUAAUGCCCACGAAGAGGAGCUAGAGAAACUCAGAACUCAGCUUGAAGACCGCGAGAGGCAACUAAGGGACCAGGCAGCAACACUGGUCGAGAUGGAAAGCAGUCUUACCGAGCUUCAGGCUCUCAUCGAGAGCUCGGAAGGCUCGUUGCGCGAUCGAUCACGACAAGAAGAAUUCGAAGAUAAGGACGUUGCUCAGCUUCGAGCAUUAUUGCAGGAAAAGAACGACAAGAUUGCCCUGCUGACUGCCGAGUUUGACGCACACCGGGCUGACUUCCGGAGCACUAUUGAUACCCUGGAGCUGGCGAGUUCAGAAACCGAAAGGAUCUACGAGAAGAAGAUCGAGGAACUUAUGCAGGAGAAUCAGGAGCUGAGGGAACGAACCGAAGAUGUGGAUGCCGUUGCUAUACAGCUUAAACAACUGGAAGAGUUGGUUCAGGAACUGGAGGAGGGCCUUGAAGAUGCCCGUAGAGGGGAAGCAGAGGCCCGGGGUGAGGUUGAAUUCCUCCGUGGAGAGGUAGAAAGAACGCGUACCGAGCUCCGCCGGGAAAGGGAGAAGGCGCAGGCCGCUAUCAACGGCGCAAAUGGCUCCCCGGACAGCGGCCCUCUUGCCAAGGAACUUGAACAGAAGGAGGACGAGAUCAGAGGCCUUAAGGCUAUCAUUCAUUCACUCAGCAGAGAUUCUGCUCCCGGUGAUGAUGAUGAUGAUGAUGCCAUGACGCCAACCGCCAAGACCGGCGAAUCUAUCGAGGAUCGCCUCGCUCGUGAGAAGCUCGAGCGCGAGGUCGCGGAGCUUCAUGCCAUGCUCGACAGCAAGGCCAGUCGCGAGGAGGAGCUUGAGCGUGAGAUUGAGAUGCUGCGGAGAGGCAACGCUGUAAGCGAGUCGAACCAUCGUUCAAGCACCAUGACGGUCGGCAGCAACAACGAGCGCAGCUCGCAGCGUGAGUCACGAAGCAUUGUGGUACCUGUUCCCCAGACUACGGACAAGGCCCUCAGGAGCCGGGGAUCAACUCUCGAGGCGAUGCCCGAAAGUGACUCCUACAGCGCCGCAACCGACAACGGCGCUCUCUGGUGCGAGCUCUGUGACACUUCUGGCCACGACAUCCUUAGCUGCACCAACAUGUUCGGUUCUGCCAACGCGACCGAGAACGCCACCCACAAGCAGCAACAGAGCAAGUCGCAGUCUCUUGCCUCCGACCUCGAGGACGAUGACGAGGAGGCGGACGAGGACAAGGACGAUAUUGUCAGCGCCGUCGGCUCCAUGGCUAUUUCCACCAAGGACGACGACAUCAAGCCGGCGCCCCUUUCCCCUACCAGGGCCAGGACGCAGCCCCUGACUCCUCAGCCUGCCGCCGCUGAGCCCACUUCCCGGUCUACUACUCCCUUGGAGCCUAUCCCCACGGAUCCUAUCGUGCCAUCUGUCACUGUUGCAAAGGCAGCGCCCCUGCCCAACCUGAUGGAGUCGGGUCCCGUAGCCGGCAAGGAGAGUGGAGUCGUGGAUGCGUCCAAGUGGUGUGCCUUGUGCGAGCGUGACGGUCACGAUAGCGUUGACUGCCCCUUUGAAGACGAGUUUUAGGGGACUGUUGGAUUAAGCAAGGCUUUUGACGAUAAUAAGAUGAUGAUGGGGAAGAUGCCGCCGCCGCCGACGACAGCUGGGAAGAGGAGCGAGAGGGUGUAGCGAUGGAUGGUAACAUCUCGUAUGAACUGAUGCUUGGCGUACCUAUCUGCCUAUCUACCUAUCUAUGUUGCCUACCCCUCUACCAUUCCUCAUUCUUUCUCAUUGACGCUGCACACUGAAAACCACGCAUCCGUACUCUUUGUGCCUUUCGCACCAUCGAUCGAUAUCCAUCCUUACCGAACUUUAUCAACAUCGUUCUCACCAUCAAUCAUUUUCAAGCAAGUUAAACACCAAACGACAAAUACCAGACACGGUUUCUGGAAUAAAUUUGUCUGCAGUGGAACCAAACCACUACGGAAAUUUGAAAG